UUAACUGUUAAAAUUCUAAACACAGAAAUAAAAAUAAAUAAUAUUAUUUUAACUGAUUCAAACUUAAUUAUAUCGGCCCUUGUUCAAAUAAGUCUCAAAAUGAGUAGCACUUUUGACAGGAGUAAACAGUUUUACAACUUUUUCGAGAAUAAAAGUUUAAACUUUUUAAAUGUUUAUUUGUUGGAGUUUGUUUUCAAUCAUUUGCAUUGGUGAAGUAUUGUUGAUUGAUAUGAAAGAUGAAUGCAAUAUAAAUGUAGAUAAUGAUAAAAAAGUGUUGCUAUCAUCACAUAAUCAAUACAGACAACAUCAUGGUGUACCCGAUGUUGAAUGGGAUGAUAAACUUGCAGAAAGUGCUCAAGAGUGGGCUUAUAAUUUGAAAAAAAAUGGUUACUUAAUGUUUUCUUUGCAAUCACUUGCUUACAGUGAAAAUGUUUUUAAAAGUUCAAUUGAACAAUUUAGUUUAUCAAAUGCUGUUGAUCACUGGUAUGACACUGGUGAUAGCUACGAUUAUUCUUCUAAAUCUAGCAUUAAUUCUGGUGCUUUUACUCAAAUAAUUUGGGACGAUGUUAAGUUUUUGGGAUGUGGUAGCUGUCGUGAUAAUAGCAAGGAUAGAGUAUUUGUUGUUUGUAGAUAUCGUCCACGUGCAAACAUUGGAGACUACUCUAAACAUGUUAAAGCACCACUUACAGUUAUCAAGUUUCGUAAUAUAACAAAACAUAGUUUUGAAAAAAGUAAAUGCAAUAAUCUUAUAAAAGAAGGAACUCAGUAUGCAAUUUUGGAAGAACAUAAUAACUACAGAAAAAAUCAUUUUGUGGGAGAUUUGAAAUGGAAUGAAAAUCUUGCUGCUAAUGCUGAGGAUUGGGCUUAUUAUAUAGCUAAUCAAAACAAACUCCAGUUUUCACCAGAAUCUAGUUUUUACAGUGAAAAUAUAUAUAGAUAUGCUUUAUCCACUGAUAUAUAUGAACCUGUCAAAGCAGUUGAGUUUUGGUACAAAUUUGGCAAGUACUACCGGUAUUUAGCGCAAGUUGAUACUUAUGCUGGUGCAUUCACUCAAAUUGUUUGGGAUGAUGUCAAAUAUCUAGGUUGUGGUAGUUGUAGCAAUUAUCUUACAAGCUUAACUUAUGUAGUAUGUAGAUACAACCCACGUGCAAACAUUGGGGAUUAUUCUAAACAUGUUAAGCCCCCUAAAGAAGAAUCGAAAAAAAAAAUAUUUUUGGACGUUGACGUGGCAGAUGAGAUAGAUGUAAUGAAAGAAGCUCCAUUUGCUCAUAAUCAAUUGCGAUGUCUUUAUCAUAAUGUUACCAUGUUGAAAUGGGAUAGUGAUCUGGCAGAAUCAGCUGAGUAUUGGUCAAAAGUACUUGCUGAAAAUGGUGAAAUUAAACCAUCACCAGAUUCUUUUUCAGAUAAAUAUGGUGAAAAUAUAUAUGUGUGUCAUGGCUACUGCAAUGUAUCAGUCGCAUUGCACGAAGCAAUUCACUAUUGGUACAAAAAAAUUCAAGAUUAUUCGUUUGACACACACUUUGUCGAUAAGAUUAACUAUCAUGCUUAUUCUUUUACUCAAAUUGUUUGGACUGAAACUAAGUAUUUGGGUUGUGGAGUUUCUCUAAAUAAGAAGAAAGAAAUAACAAUUGUAGUUUGUAGAUAUAAACCACGUGGAAAUAUUGGCUCGAUAGAUGAAUUUAAAAAAAAUGUGAAAGCACCCAUGGCUCUCAUACAAGAAAUGGCUAGAACUGGUGUGCUUGGCAAAGGUCGUGAAAAAGAUAUACCUUUGCUCAAAGAUUUAAUGUCGAGUUCCGGAAAUGUUGCAAGACUAGAUAACACUGUGUGUAAAUCGAAACCCUAACACUUACAACUUUUAGUUGACAACUUGGUCGCCGAAUUUUUAAAUUUUAAUUGCGUUGAUAAAUUUUAAGCAUACGUCGCUUUUUGCUCUACAUAAAUAAAUAAUAUAAAGUUUUGAGAGAAAAGAAUGUGUCAUUUGUAUUA